UUUAACGGAUUUUUUUUCGCCUCUCUUCCCUGCUGGGGGGAAUUUUUUUUUUUCCUCUCUCGUCCUCUUCCUCAGCUCGGGUCCCCGGAGAGACGCAAGGAGCCGCUCGACACACUCACCCCGUACGAUUACGGGGCUCGGAGAGAGUGAGCUAUUUUGUGAAAUGUCAAACGGCCACUCCUGCUACAGUAACGGUUACCAAGCAGGGCUUGAUCUCAUGGCUGAAGACUGCAAAGAUCAUGGAGAUGACAAUGCUAGAACUAACUUAAUUGUCAACUAUCUGCCUCAGAACAUGACGCAGGAUGAGCUACGGAGCCUUUUCGGUAGCAUAGGUGAGGUGGAGUCUGCCAAACUCAUUCGUGACAAGGUUGCAGGACACAGCCUGGGAUAUGGUUUUGUGAAUUACGUGGACGCUAAAGAUGCAGAGAGAGCUAUUAAUACACUCAAUGGUCUGAGGCUGCAAUCAAAAACUAUUAAGGUUUCAUAUGCCCGGCCAAGCUCCGAUAGCAUCAAAGAUGCAAACCUAUAUGUGAGUGGACUGCCAAAGACAAUGACUCAGAAGGAUUUAGAGCAGCUAUUUGGACGUUAUGGUCGCAUCAUUACAUCCCGUGUCCUUGUUGACCAAGUCACGGGUAUGUCCAGGGGAGUGGCUUUUAUUCGUUUUGACAGGAAAUCUGAAGCUGAUGAGGCUAUUAACAAUUUGAAUGGGCACAAACCACCAGGUGCUGUUGAGCCAAUUACAGUAAAACUUGCAGCCAAUCCUAACCAGAAAACAAAUGCAUCCUUGCUGGCACAGCUGUACCAUUCACCAGCAAGGCGGUUUCCAGGACCAUUGCAUCAUCAGGCACAGAGAUUUAGGUUUUCGCCGAUGAGUGUUGACAAUAUGAGUAGUUUGUCGGGUGUGAACGUUGGUGGUCACAAUCCUUCUGGCUGGUGCAUCUUCAUCUACAACCUAGGCCAAGACGCAGAUGAGGGAAUCCUGUGGCAGAUGUUUGGCCCGUUCGGAGCUGUGACCAAUGUCAAAGUUAUACGCGACUUCAACACCAACAAGUGUAAAGGGUUCGGAUUUGUAACAAUGACAAACUAUGAGGAGGCUGCCAUGGCCAUUGCUAGCUUAAAUGGUUAUCGCCUCGGAGACAAAAUCCUUCAGGUCUCCUUCAAAACCAGCAAAUCUCACAAGGCAUAAUUUAAAGCUUAAGCGCAUUUGUAAGCAUUUGAUUAGAAAUACACUGCUGAAAGGUGAAUAAGUCCACUUGUGUAAAGCAACUCUUAUUGUUGUGACAGACGUGUUUUGUCUACCAUUACCAUAGAAUAAGUGAAAAGGAUUUUUUUAUAUUACUAUUACUCUGGGAUGCAAUUAACAAGAAAUGUUCAAAUGUUUGAUACCUUACCUUCCAUAUUACUUUUUUUCCACACACCCAAUUAGGAGGAGAAAUAUUGAACUAAUACCUUAGUUCUGUAGAUUUUGAAGUAGAUGACUUUAAUUUGCAAUAGCCUCUUUUUAGUAUGUUUUGUAACUAGGAGUUCGUGAUCGAAUCCCUUGGUUGUAGGCAAUUACAUAAUUCUACAACCUUUUUAGCAUAGCUUCAUAUAUUAGUGAACCUUUCUGAAUUUAAAUAUGCCUGAUUUCUUUCGUUAAAGUUAAUCUGUUGAGAAUUAUUCAUUUACACACUUGAACCAUGUCUGUAGCUAAUAUUUUUCUGUACAUGAUAUAAAUUGUACCUUUGCUGUCCUCCAAUUUCUCAAGAAAAACAGUGUGAAGAGUGAAAAUUGCAUUUGAUUUGUUUUGCAGUAUAUAGUGCAAGAAUGGAGUGUGGUAGCUUUAACCUAUUUUGCCAAAUUUCAAGGUGGAAGAACAUGAUUGGGAAGUUGUGUUUGAGAAGAUUAAAUGUUCCCGUAGGUUCCUGGAGAUUCAAACCUUUGAACGUUUAGGUUUGUUGCACCCCAUCUAGUGAACUCCAUUGCAUUUCUUUAUUAACUUUUUUGUUUUUGCAUAAUUGACAUGCUAAGCUGGGAUAAUGCGUCAGAAUAGAAAGUACUUAAAUGUUUUUCCAUGCAGGUUAGCUGUCAACACAAAGCUUUGUUAAAAUAGAUUUAAAGAAUAAUCUAAAAGUUUUAUCAAACUGCCUUUGAAUUUUGUUAAUGUUCUGUUAUAUAAUUUCUUUUCAUUUUGUUUCCUUUGUUUUGUUUGACUAUUGAUUUUACUUUUGCAUUUAUGAUCAUUAAAUUUGUUUUGUUUUGCUCCAA